AUGGAACACUCGAACCGCACUCUUCCCAGCGCAACCCCAGUAGACCUCCCUGUGAACGUCAUGGAGUAUCCUGUCAAUGACGCAGGAAGGUGGAUGCAAAAUAGGCUCGACGGUACAAUCCAUGCGGCUUUCAAUACCGAUAUUGAUGGCCUCGUCUACGACACUGACAAGGAGAAAUUUGCGCUACUUGCGGACGAUGCCCCACUCAACUUGGUGACUAUAUAUAAACAAGCGGAGAUCCAGAAACGAGAAUUUAUUGCAACGGUCAACAAGUACAAUACGGUUGCCAAACAAAGUGGAUCCAUGCAGAUGGACACAAACGCAGACUACACUUGGAACGACGUCUUAUAUGCGCAAGAGAGCUUUUCUCAAGAACGCGAGAACGUAACGUCGCGAGGUAUCAAGGGUAUUAUGUACAAACAACUCCGACGGUUCGGAGACAAUAGCGAGACCUUUCAGUCCUGGCUCAAACUGUUGCCAACAGAGUCUCAUUAUCUUUCUGUGCUCUGCGGGGGUUUGACAUUGAUCCUUGGGGCCGCCCAACAAAUGUCUGAGAUUCGCGAAGACGUCAGGAACUUCAUUGAGGACCUUCCGUCAAGGUUAUCCAAGGCCAAGGAGUAUAUCAACAUUUUCCAAGACUCCCUGCAGCUGCAUCAAUGUAGCGCUGAUCUUUAUGUUGCUAUUCUGAGCACGCUGGACGAUGUUGUUCAAACCUAUCAUAAGCAUGUUGCACACCGAUUUGGCUCCGCACUCUUGAAACAAAAACGGAGUGGGAAAGAGCUUCAGAAUAAAAUCAAGAGCGUGCAAGACUGCGGGGAGAGGCUUGUCAGUCAAGCGAAGAUCUGCUCUAUGCAGAUUCAAAAACGCCAGUUCGAUGGAGGAAAAGACUUGACGAGGUUAUUGGUGACAUCAACGAGGAAGCAGGACCUUGGUUUCAAGACGGUCGUUCUCCAGCAGAACGACAUGAUGGAAGUUUUACAGUUGCAAGAAAAGCGAAUCCAGUCACAAGAAAGCUUGCUGGAAGGCCAAGCAAACCUGCUCAAUCAAUUGCUUAAUACUUUGAAGGCGACUCCCUCCCAAAUAUUCGAAGCACCGCCUAGGCCGACGUACCUUGAAUGCGAAGAUUCAACCGGUGGCUAUCAGACCCCUCGAGGCCGUUCUCCAUCGCCCGGCGCAAUUCGAAACCAAGAGAGAUCUCGCCAGCGGCUCAAAGACCUCUUGAAUAUCUUCGAGGUCGAUGGCGAAACUGACACCGCAGCUAAAGACGCCUCCAUUCUUCUGCAUAUAGUUGGAAAUCUAAGCUCGGGCUCACAGGAUCGCACAGUAGCAUUGAUCACAUCGCCGGUUAUACAGAAGUGGCUGACGAGUACCGUAUCGCUUCCGCUCAUUGUUAAUGGGCAAAUGUUUUCCAGUGAGGGGGAAACCCGGCAGUCACCGCUUUCGUACUUCUGCACCAAGCUUGUAGACAGCAUCCUCCCGCCCAGCACGUCCUCACAGACAUCAAGAAAUCGUACCGUAUUUGCUGUGCGGUGGUUUUGCGGGCAGCACACUAAUUGCUAUGACUAUGGUCCAGGAUUGACAGACUAUGAAGCUCAUCCGCCUGGUAUGUUGAGCAAUAUGCUUGUACAGCUCAUCGUUCAGCUUCUUGAGUGUUCCUUCCUACCGCAGCUCGACCAUCUGUCCCUUCCAAAGAAUGAUCCGCAGCUGUUCGAACUCUGCAGUCUCUUCAACUUGCUGGUAGGAGCACUGCCAAGGGGCUCCAUUCUAUUCAUUGUCAUCGAUGGGAUCUCCUAUUAUGAGGAUGAGGAGCGCCGAGAGGAAUGCAUGGAAGUCCUGUCAACCAUGAUGGAAUUGACCCGUGGGGGCCCAGGAUCUGCCAAUGGGUGCCUGAUCAAACUGCUGGUAACAUCUCCACUGAGGUCCCAUCAUGUCCAGCACUUAUUCGAAGACACGGACAUCUUGGAUUUGGACGAGUACAUACCUCCAAACGGAGGCUUCACGGCCUUGCAGUGGAAUAUGGGUGUUGGUAGAGUAAUAGCUGAUGCUUAG